AUGAAUCUGAUCCAGCGGUUUGUUUCCCUCCUCUUUUUUGUUGUUUUUGUGGUCUUCUUGGUGAUCAAGGGAUUAAAACAGGAUGUGCAGGAUAUAGAGGUGAGCUUUAGUAGUUAUGAUUUUUGUCAUGUGUUGCGUAUUAGGUAUCUAAAAUGUAAAUAGUAUUAUUUUAUAUUGUUUUUAGGUACCUUCCGAAGAAUAUGCUCGAUUAUCGGAAGAUCUAAAACGUCUAGAACGCCUGUUGGCUCUCGAAAAUAAAGAUCUUGAGGAUGUUCGCGGCAAACUCGAAAUGCUUGAAAAGAGCCGACCAAAUGUAAAGCCUCUAUCAUCUUAUUUUAUUCUUUAGGAGGUCCACAAAGAAGGAAGAGGACCGUGGAAUAAACCAAUCGCUGUGCUUAUAUUUACGUGUAAUAGGGCGGAUGCCGUCAAAGUUUUAAUCGAUAAACUUCAGAAGUAGGUUGAAAAAACAAUAUUUUUUAUGAGGUCUUUAGGGCAAGAACAUCACCAGAACAGUUUCAUCUUAUUGUUAGUCAAGACUGUGACGAUGUUAGUGUGAAAAAGGCAGUAGAGGAGUUUGGAAGCAAUGUAACAUACGUGAAGGUCAGUGUUAUUGCUUUAUUUUUCACUGUUGAUUUAGAUUUGACUACAAUUUUUACAAUUUUAGCACACCAGUCCCAAACAAGCGCAUAUCAAGAUUCCGGAGAAUCAAAGGCGAUAUAGAACCUACUUUUACAUUGCCCGCCAUUACAAGCUCGGACUGGAUUAUGUUUUCAACGAGAGGAAUUAUGAUUCAGUGAUUAUUGUCGAGGGUUCGUUUUUUUUAUUUUUUUGUUAUUGCUUUAGAUGACCUCGACAUAAGUCCUGAUUUCUUUUCGUACUUCUCCGGAACUCGCUGGCUAUUAGAUGAUGAUCCCACGUUAUAUUGUAUUUCUGCUUGGAACGAUAAUGGAAAAGCGCAACUGAUUGAUAUGGAAGCGCACGAUCUUCUUUAUCGAUCAGAUUUCUUUCCCGGACUUGGAUGGAUGAUGACCAAGUAAGAGCAAGUUAUAUCUUAAAAUUUUUGGAAGGUUAUUCUUAUAUUUUUGAAUUUUUAGUAACCUAUGGAAAGAGUUGGGACCAAACUGGCCGGCUGGUUUCUGGGAUGAUUGGAUUCGGGAUCCAGCCAGACGGAAAGAUCGACAAUGCAUUCGCCCUGAGAUCUCGAGGACAGCCAUGACAGAUUUUGGAAAGAAAGGAGCUUCUGAGUGAGUGUUAUAGAGUCGAUCAUUUUUUUAUUUUUAUAGAGGGCUUUUCUUCAAUCAUUACCUCAAGAAGAUUAUUCUGAACAACAAAACCGUGGAUUUUACCCAGAAAGAUCACAGCCAACUUCUUUCCGAGGCGUAUCUCAAGAGUUUUGUCGCCAAAGUUUACGCUCUUCCACGAAUAUCCAUCAACGAUUUUUUGUUGUUGAAUGAGAAAGGAGGCGCAUACAGAGUGGAGUACUUCUCCAUGCAGGAGUAUACGGAUCAUACCAGGAAAAUCAAGGUCAUGGGAGAUACAAAGGUAAGAGACAUUUUUGGGAUUUAAGGUCGGUCCGAUUUUUUAAAAUUUUUUUCGAAAAAACAUUCGUUCUUCUGGAGAAGAUUUGGCCCAAACUAAAUUUGCUUUCCAUUUAAGGAAGCAAAACGGGGAAACCGUUUCCUGACGAAAUCGCAGUCAAGUUUAGAGACUUUUUCAAACCCCCAAAACACGACCUAUUUCUUCGUUCUUACAUGAUUGUUCUUGAACCUGGGGUAAUUUUCUUAUUUUAGGCCGGUGUUCCGCGGACAGCCUAUCGAGGAAUUGUAACUGCCUUUAUACGAGGUAAGCGUCUAUAUCUGGCACCUGCCGAUCGAAACUUCAAAGGUUACGAUAAGGAUUGGGAAGCGCCGCAAGAUAUCCUGGACGGGUCCUAAAUUGCCAAAGACUUUCUAAAAUAGAACACGGUGUAGAUAUCUGUUGAUUGUUAUAACUAUUUAUAUAUUUAUAAACAAUAAGUUAUGUAAUCUCCAGGAUUAUGCGAUAUCAAGGCUCUCUUAUUCCAUGGAUAA